CUCUCCCUUCCGUUUCUGUGUGUCAUCGCCGGCCUCCCGACAUGGUAGAGAUCGAAGAAGCAUCCACCGACACCGAUGAGGUGACUCCACUGUUAAGUAACCCGAAACCCGAUCCGAACCAUUCAACUCGGACUAAGUCGGUUCGGACCAAGGUUCCGGAGGUCAAGGUCCACCUGUAUCGGCAAGGCAAGGGUCCUAUCGACGAAUUCACGUUGCCCUUAGGUGGAUGGGACCAGGAUCAGCUGGAGGUUUGUGAAAUUCUCGACAAAUACGGGUUCAAAUCGGUCUAUGCCUUCAAACCGGAUACGGGUCGGGGCGUUCCCAUCAGAUUCAACCCCCGUAACGGCCGAUCUAUUCUUACCUAUAAAGAUGGAUCCGAAAUAUAUAUUGAUGGAGAGCCUAAGGACUCCUUGAUCAAACCUAUUACCAGGAUAUUGGUCGGUGUUGCAGUGAUCACCAUAUUGAUAGUAUUGGUGAUGAAAGAGACUCCACAAUGGGCAGAAAAGUUGAACUUCACUGGUGGUAAUAUCCCGCCAUGGGUCCUGGCCGCUGUGGUCAUCUUGUUCACACGUGUGAGGAAGAGGACUAAGAAUUUCUUUGAAAGACGCCUGUGAUGAACUGGUGCUAACCACAGGCAACUGAAUUUUCUCAAAAAUUUGCAUGCUUUGUUUGUCUUUCUCACUAUAGUUUUUGGAUUUGCAUUUUAUAAGCUAAUCUAAUCUUAUAAUCCAGUCAUGUACAUGCCAUUCCUUUCUUUUUCUUGUUGGAGAAUUUUUGUUCUCACCCUGAAUGAUCGGGCGGUGACUGGAUUCUCAGAUUGCUUUUGUGACAAUACCAUACUGUCAGCUCGUUCUGUUUGCACCA